AUGAGACAGGACUGCGGCAAGGUCCUCCUCACAGAGUCCGAGAGACGGGCUUUCUUGAAGGAACUCAGACGGCCGCUUUUGGACAACCUACGGCGGUCGCAGAUUUGCAAACGCAUUAACGAGCAGUGCAGGAAGGUCAAAAACUGCAUGUAUUGCGGUUCCGUCCAAGGUCAGAUUAGAAAGGUCGGCGUUCUCAAGCUGGCCCACGACAAGUUCGUCACAUACAACAAGUCCACCUCAGCCAAGAAGGUGCCUCCCGAGAGCAAGAUCAAGUUCGACGAGUCCUUCAGCGAGGCGAGGAAAAACAACGCCGAGCUCGACAAGCAUUUGCGCAAGGCCAUGGAGGACAUGAACCCCCUGAGGGUCCUCAAUCUUUUCAAGAUGAUCAGUCCCAGCGACUGCGAGCUUCUCGGCCUGGAUCCCGCCGAAGGUCGUCCCGAGAUGUUCAUCUGGCAGUUCCUCCCUGCGCCCCCCGUAUGUAUCCGACCCUCGGUCGCCCAGGACAACGCCAGCAACGAGGACGAUAUCACGACAAAACUUGCCGACAUCGUCUGGGUCAGCGGCAUGAUCCGCUCAGCGCUACAGAAGGGCUCGCCCGUCCAGACCAUCAUGGAGCAGUGGGAGUACCUCCAACUCCAGGUCGCCAUGUACGUCAACAGCGACGUGCCAGGUCUGCAGCAGCCGGGGUUCGGCAAGGCCGUGCGAGGUUUCUGUCAACGGCUGAAGGGAAAGCAAGGUCGAUUCCGCGGCAACUUGUCCGGAAAGCGUGUUGAUUUCUCCGGACGUACCGUCAUUUCGCCCGAUCCCAACCUUGGCAUUGACCAGGUCGCCGUUCCGCAGCUUGUCGCCAAGAACCUGACGUACCCGGAGCGGGUGUCUGACUACAAUAUUGCAAAGUUGAAGGAGUGCGUUCGAAACGGGCCCAACAUCUGGCCGGGUGCGCAACAGGUCAUCAAGAAGGACGAUGGAGGCUACAAGAUCUCGUUGAAGUUCGGCAACAGGAAUCAGGUCGCCCAAGAUCUCAGGAUUGGUGACGUUGUCGAACGCCACCUGGAAGACAACGACAUCGUCCUCUUCAACCGUCAGCCAUCUCUCCACAAGCUCAGUAUCAUGAGCCACUUGGUCAAGGUGCGGCCUUGGAGGACAUUUCGCCUGAACGAGUGCGUCUGUGGUCCCUACAACGCAGAUUUCGACGGGGACGAGAUGAAUCUUCACGUGCCGCAGACGGAAGAAGCCCGCGCAGAGGCCAUUAACCUCAUGGGCGUCAAACACAACCUGGCGACACCCAAGAACGGAGAACCCGUCAUUGCUGCCACGCAGGAUUUCAUCACUGCCGCCUAUCUGCUGAGCAGCAAAGACAACUUCUUCGACCGCAAGACGUUCACCUACAUUUGCAUGCACAUGAUGGACGGCAAGGUCCACCUUGACCUACCUCCUCCCGCCGUCUUGAAGCCCAAGGCUCUGUGGACUGGUAAGCAAGUCUUCAACAUGAUGAUGCGACCCAACAAGGAGAGCCCGGUCAAGAUCAACCUGGAUGCCAAGUGCAGAGAAUACAAGGCCAGGGCCGGACAAUGCCCCGAUAUGGAUCCCGAGGACGCGUGGCUGGUCAUUCGCAAUUCGGAGGUUAUGUGUGGUGUGAUGGACAAGUCGACUGUCGGUGACGGAAAGAAGGACUCGGUCUUCUAUGUCAUCCUGAGAGACUUUGGCCCAGACGCGGCCGUCGCCACGAUGAACCGCCUUGCGAAGCUGUGUGCUCGGCACCUGACCAACCGCGGUUUUUCCAUCGGUAUCGGCGACGUUUUCCCCACGGAAAAGCUGCUGGAAAAGAAGAGCACACUCGUCAAGACUGCGAGCCUCGAGGUCGACGUGCUGAUCGACAAGUACAAGAAGAACAAGCUUGAAAAGGCCACGGGUUGUUCAAUGGAGCAGACCCUCGAGAACUCCAUUUCUGGUCUUUUGAGUAAGGUCAGAACGCAAGCCGGUGCUCACUGCAUCGAAACGCUCAGUAAGAACAAUGCGCCGCUGGUCAUGGCCAAGUGCGGAUCCAAGGGUUCGAACAUCAACGUGGCGCAGAUGGUCGCUCUAGUCGGACAGCAGAUUAUUGGUGGCAAGCGUGUCGCCGAUGGUUUCCAGGACAGAACACUUCCUCAUUUCCACAAGAACGCUCCACAGCCGCCGUCGAAGGGUUUCGUCGAGAACAGCUUCUACUCGGGUCUCUUGCCCACCGAGUUCAUCUUCCACGCUAUGUCCGGACGUGAAGGUCUGGUCGAUACCGCUGUCAAGACGGCAGAGACCGGAUACAUGUCUCGCAGACUGAUGAAGUCCUUGGAAGAUCUCUCGACCCAGUACGACGACACUGUACGAACCUCUGGCGGCGGCAUUGUGCAGUUUCAGUUCGGUGCCGACAAGCUGGACCCAGUCGAUAUGGAGGCCUCGGCGAAGCCUGUAAACUUUGACCGAACAUUUUCCCACGCCGAGAAUCUUACUUGGAAUAACGAGGAACCGGCUUUGCUUCCUGACGAAAUCGUCCGGUACUGUGACAGCAUGCUCUCCCGUGAACGGGCGCGCUACCCGCGGAAGUCUCUCUUGGGUGACCUGACGCUCGAUUACGACAACGAAGAGGAAAGGUAUACCGACGAGCACGAAGGCGCAAGAGACUUUUUGCGGUCUCUCGAGUCCUACGUCGGUGCCCGAGCCCAAAAGCUCCGUCGUCUGAUGGAAUUGACGGGUCUCACGGCCGACGCCGACAGCAUGGACGUCGAUGUGGACCAGGAAGAGAUGAGGCACAAGAAGGCGUAUGCGGAGAAGGUCGCCAAGGUGUCCGAGACAACGUUGAGGCUGUUUAUCAAACUGUGCCUGGAGAAGUACAAGAAGGCGCACGUCGAGCCUGGCCAUGCCGUUGGCGCCGUCGGUGCGCAGUCGAUUGGUGAGCCAGGAACCCAGAUGACGCUGAAGACGUUCCAUUUUGCCGGUGUCGCCGGCAUGAGUAUCACACAAGGUGUACCGCGUAUCAAGGAAAUCAUCAACGCCUCCAAAGUCAUCAGCACUCCCGUCAUCACGUGCCCGCUGGUGCAGAACAGAGAGUUGACGGCCGCUCGAAUCGUCAAGGCACGCAUUGAAAAGACGUUUGUCGAGGACAUUCUCAGCUACAUCGAAGACGAGUGGUUUGCGGAGUCUGGCAACGUCGUCCUAAAGGUCGACAUGGACGCUCUGUCCGACAUGCAGCUCGGCAUCACUCUGGGCGACGUAGCCGAGGCCAUUUGUAAGCAUAAGAAGAUGAAGGUUUCGAGGUCGGACAUGCACAUUGGCGCGGGAAGGAUCGAAAUCCGCGUUCGCCUCGAUGAGUCGGCCGCCGCCAAGCGUGCUGUCAAGGGCAAGCCGGUGGAUGACCUUGGGGAUCUCCUGGUGCGGGCUAACUACCUUCGGCGGACGAUCCCGACGGUGGCCAUCUCGGGCUACCCCUUGGCCACUCGCGCCAUUAUUCAAACGUCUGAGCAGGAAACCCACACCGUUCUGGUCGAAGGAUACGGCCUGCUCUCGUGCAUGAACACGGAGGGUGUCGACGGACGAAGAGUAAAGACGAACAACGUCAUGGAGUGCCGAGACGUGCUGGGCAUCGAGGCCGCAAGAAGCACGAUUGCUUACGAAAUCGGAGAAGUCAUGGGAGACAUGAACAUCGACCCGCGUCACAUGCAGCUACUCGCGGACGUCAUGACGUACAAGGGCGAGGUCCUGGGCAUCACGAGAUUCGGUCUCUCCAAGAUGAGAGACAGCGUCCUGCAGUUGGCUUCAUUCGAGAAGACGCCAGACCACCUCUUCGAGGCUGCGGCCGGUAUGAAGACGGACCAGAUCGAAGGUGUGAGUGAGUGUAUCAUCAUGGGCCAGACCAUGACGGUUGGAACCGGCGCGUUCCACGUGGUCCGUCGACUUGCCCUGGAGAAGGGAGACGUGGGCCAGCGCAAGACGGCGUUUGAAGAUGCGUGGGCGGCCGAUACGACACUGAAGCGGAAAUCGAGACGAAACGUCUAA